AUGUGUGGUAGAAGCUGUAUGACACUGGAUCCUAAUGAAAUUGUUUGUGCCUGUAAAUAUAAAGUUAAUAAUGAUGAAGAAUUAAAGGAACCGGCCUAUAGAAAUGAGUACAAUUUGGGAAAAAAAUACAUUCCAUCAUAUAAUAUUGCACCAACUGACAUUUGUCCAAUAAUUGUAUCCUCGAAGCAUUUAAAUGAUGACGAAAUUUCAUCAAACAGAACUGUUCUUCCUGCAUUAUGGUCAUUAAUUCCGAAAUGGCAUAAAGGAGAUUAUCGUAAGCAUGGAUUAACUACAAAUAAUGCACGAUUUGAAGGAUUGACAGAUUCAAAGUUGUAUAAGCCAUUACUGGAUCGUGGUAAGAGAUGUGUGAUGGUUAUUGAAGGAUUUUAUGAAUGGAAAACUACUGAUUUAAAGGCAAAAUCAUCAGAACGGUCUGUAUACUUUGUUCACAUGCCACAAAAUGAUAAAAUUAAGAUUGAGGAUAAAUCAAGCUGGAAUGGAUUAUGUGAGGAUUUAAAAUUAAUGUACAUAGCUGGACUGUUUGAUGUAUGGAAUGAUGAGGUUGGAGAUUCAAUUUAUAGCUUUACUAUUAUCACAUACGAAUCUGAUAUCUGA